GCGCGGGGCCGCCCCCGGCGGGGAUGGAGGCGAAGGAGCUGCAGGAGCGGCUGCGGGAGGCGGCGGCGCUGGGGGACGCCGAGGAGGUGCGGCGGCUGCUGGCGGCGGGGGCGGACGUCAACUCCCGCAACGAGAUCGACGGCUGGACCUGCCUGCACUGGGCCUGCAAGCGGAGCCACGCGCCGGUGGUGGCCCUCCUGCUGGACGCGGGCGCCGACCGCCGCAUCCCCACGGCCGCGGGGCAGCUGGCUGCGCAGCUCACGGCCAAGCCGCACAUCCGCCGGAUUCUGGGAGCCACAGAAGAAGAAAACGACGGCCACGGAGCGUGCGAUGGGAGCCUGCCGGCUGCCGGCCCUCCGCUCCCUCGGGGCUGUACGGAAGAAAGCCCUCCGCGCAGCGCGGCACAGUCUCCGAACGAAAGCGCCUCCACCUCUUCAUCUUCCCAGAGCGAAGCCAGCCCUGCUUCCUCGGCAGCUCCGGAGCACGCACCGCGCACCAGCCAGGCCGCUCUUCCAUCGCCGCCCGCCGCAGCUCGGCUGCCCGGGCCGCCGGACCGCAGGGAGCGCGCGGAGCAGGGCGGUGCCUGCCAGCCCCCAGCGCACAGCACCGCCCCCGGCGGCACCGCAGCGCAGAGCCAGGCUGGGCCUGGGCCUGCCCCCGCCUUCCAGCCCUUGUUCCUUACUGGAGCUUUCCCAUAUAACAUGCAAGAACUUGUGCUUAAGGUGAGAGUCCAGAACCUCAGAGACGACGACUUCAUUGAAAUUGAACUGGACAGGCAGGAGCUGACGUACCAGGAUCUGCUCAGAGUGAGCUGCUGUGAGCUGGGCGUUGAUCCCCAGCACGUGGAGAGGAUCAGGAAGUUACCGAACACGGUGCUGAGAAAGGACAAGGAUGUCGCCAGGCUGCAGGACUUCCAGGAGCUGGAGUUAGUUCUUGUGAAAAGCGACAGCUCUCCCUUCAGAAAUGCUGCGUCAGCAUUGACUGAGAGACCAUGCUACAACAGCAGCGCCUCCAAGCUGACCUACUGACUGCCAGCCUGCCCCGCAGCCACCGCGGGGACACACUGCUGCCUGCUGGGGGCUGGGAACUGAGCAUCUGUGAAACCUUCAUUAUUGGCAGGGUUAAUAUUUUAACUAAUAAUUUGUCUUUGAUAUUUAAUAUGCCCUUCCGCUUUUAUUAUUUUUUUACUUGAUACUAUAUUCAGAUAAAGGAUACCUCAUUUGUCUACUAAAAUCACAUACUUCCAAUGCGGUUCAAUUAAGUUUUUUAGUCGUAUGUAGCAACAGAGGGCAGCAAAGAAAUGAUGUGGAGUAUUCCCGCUCCCUGAACCAAGUAAGUCAUGGAAAAGACAAUCAGGAAAUAGCAGGUGUGUGUUUGUGUGUAUUUAUCUGUAGAACUUCCUGGUUAAGUUAAAUGGCAGAGGGUAUUUGGCAUUCAGGCAGUGGCUGCUCUCUAUAAACACAGCAUGGCAGCACGAGGGGCUGUGCCCGUGCUGGCUGCCAGUGCCACUGCAGUGCAGGGCUGUGUCCUCGGAGGGACAUCAGUAAAAGCACGCACUGCAGGCAACAGCAUGGAAGAGCCACCUGAGGCUCUUGUUAAGUUACCUGGGCUUAAAACUCCUGCUUAGUGGACUCAAAACAGUGACCAUCCUUUGCCCCUUGAUCCCUAUCGCUAUGAAUGCACUGAAUACUCCUCCACCCAGGAGCUAAAGCCCAGAUCAACUCCUCCUAAGCUGAAGACACUGUAUGAAACAAGAAUUCCCAGGCUCUGGCUCCCACUUUGAUUUUAGGGUAGGACAGAAAAGGCAUUUUUACCUUAACAAUUACAUAUUUAUCUUGAAGACUAGCUCAGAUGACGUGCAAUAACUGCUCAAAAACCAGUACUAGGUGUAUUUAUGUUCUCUCAGCUCCUGUGGUUAGGAUGUCACUGUGAAGACCGCCUCUACUAAUUACUGAACCUUUAGCUAGAGGAGCAGCUGGUCUUAAAAAAGCUUUCUUUGCUCUGGUUUCCACAAAGAAUAACUGUUAACGCGAGGAGACUAAAACUGUAAUCACGAUUUGACUGUAAUAAGAAGUCUAUGCAUUCAGAGAAAUAUUUUUGUAUGUUUUAUGCAGUUUGAUAAGCUCUAAGGCACACUACUUCAGGGUUAUUUUGUUUUGCUUUCUUUGAACAAUAAACUGUUGUUAACAACAACUGAAACAAA